GCCUUUGUGAUGUGGGCGUGACUACAAGAAGGGGACGCCUGGCUGGGCCCAGGAAGUACUCUUGCUCUCCAGGUCAACAGGCAGUUUUUUCUUCCCGCCAGAAAUGAGCUGGUGUCACUGGGCCUUCGAGCUGAUACAGCUCUUGAUCUUCAUCACUCUCUGGGUCUUCUGGGUGGCUGUGGCCUUGUGGGCUUGUAGCCCCAGGACCAGGUGGCUAAAGCUUCAUGAGACAUGGAUUGCCUGCAACGGAUUCUUUCAGAAAGAAAGCAAAGCAAGCAGCUCAAAGAAACUUCCAAAGCCAACUGAGAUCUUGACCUUGGAGUGCAGACUGAGCUCUACAGAGGUGAACAUCCCACCCCAACCGAAGGAGCUGGAGAUGGAUCUGGACUCAGUCCUGUCUAGUGUCUCCAGCACCUCCUUGGGCUCCCUCACAUCCAUCAGCAGCAAUUGGUCUUUGUCCUCAUCAAGCGAUGAUGUAAUAAGCCUCCCAGACACGCCCCUCACCUCCUCACCAUCCGCCCCAGAGGAAGAUGGCCGGUACUCACCACUGCUUCACAGACCCUGUGGAGCUGGCCUCGAGGAACUCCACAGAGACCCCACGUCCCACCAGCCUGCUCAGUUCAACAUCUGCCAGAAGGUGCUUCAGGAGUUGUGGGGAGAGCCCACGCCCAACUGGGAGUCCCUGAACGAACUGAUCCCUGGUGCACCAAACCUCCAGCAAGCAUCUGAGGUCACCAGCGAAACUGACUUUGACAGCAUCUCCAGCAGAAGAAGCAGAGAGGAAGCUUUGAGCAAGUGGGAGAGACAUCAGCCUCUGAGCGAUCAGGAAGAAGUUCAGCGCAGCAGCUCAUGGGAAAUGUUCGCUGUUGUGCCCAGGCCCUCAAGCUGUCCAAACUGCAACCCCCCAACUUCCCGAGUGUUUUCUGGUCAACCUUUGGCUCUGCCCACAUCCGACAGCAUCCGGGACAGGGUCUCACCUUCAGGGAACACCAAACCAGCUCAUGUGAAAGCCACGGCCCAGCUUUUGGAAGAGAUGAUGUCGGAGGGAGCAGUUUCCUGGGAGGAGAGACCUGCCUUGCCCAAACACCCUUCCCAAAGGGGUCAGCUUCGUCACCGUAGAUCCUGCUCAGCACUUGGGUCGGAUGCCACCCAGCGCUUGGACUUCAAUGUGAAGAAGAAGCAGAUCCCAGAGAUCUGGGGGGAGCCCACCCUCUCGACUAAGUCCCUGGCCAAACUGACAUGCCAGGCUCCCCACUCCCCUUCCCCGGCCCGCUCUUCGAGCCCCCCACAGAGGGCUGAGAAGGAGAGAAGCAGGCAGUCUGGGCCCAUGAGCAUCAGUCCAACUAGUGUGAAAACCAGGGCCCAGCUUCUGGAGGCAAUAAUGUCAAGGGGAGGAACAUCUUGGAAGGAGAGGCCUGCCUUGCCCAAACCUCAUUCCCACAAGGCCCACCAAGCUCCCCGUGGUCCCUGCACAGCCAUCAGCCCAGAUACUGCUCAGCACUUGGAGUUCAACAUGAAGAAGAAACAGAUGCACAAUCUCUGGGGAGAGCCCACUCCUUUGACUCACUCCCUGACGUGCCAGAUCACCCGCUCCCCAUCACCUGCACACUCCUGUAGCCCCCCACAGAGGGUUGAGGAGGAGGAGGAAGAGCUGUCUGAGCCAGCCAGGGCCCCCUCAAGGGGGCUUGCAUCCCAAACUGUGAGGGGGUGUUAUCCCCAGCCCAUUCCCUUUACAUUCUCCCAAAAGGGGAGUGCUGUCCAGGUGGCACCCAAGAUAAGAGCAGAGGAAGGAAAUGAAUUCAGGGUAGCGAAAAGGGUCACCCUGCCUCCCACAAGACCAGGCUUUUCAGAGAGUUCUCUAAGGAGCAGGUUUGUAAGCAGAGGUAGAACUAGGCGCCCCAGGAGCAGCCACCUCACCAGCAAAAGCAGUCCAGGGAUCCUUGGUGCCCCAGAGAAGAAAGUGAAGGCUUCAGGCAUGAUGGGUCGAGCUGAAAGCCUUGAAAGUAAGGAAGCCCAAAGCCGUCAUGCUGGGAGAGAGAGUCAGAGGCAGCCCUCCAAGAGCAGCAGGAAGGUUAAGGCCAUUUCACACCAAGGUGCAUCCCAUCUAAAAGACCACGGAAUCUCUCCCAAGGAGCCUGUGCCCGUAGCAAAGCCUGGCAGUGCCCAGCUGGCACUUGGAGUCACGCUCCCUUUGCAUCCAAGACAAGAUGCCUUUCAACGGUUAGAAAUCAGGAGGGCAGAGAAAAUGAUGGUCCCUGCACAGGAAUCUGCACCUCAAGCUUCAAGGGCACCCCAUUCUUCUUCCAAGAAGGAAAUCGAGUUGUCAGAAAAAAUGAAGGCCCCCGUGCAAGAAUCUGCACCCCAACCCUCGAUAAAGGAAGGUCCACAACCUGCACCUCACUUUUCCUCCAAGAAGCAAAUCCAGCUGUCAGAGCAAAUGGAGGCCCCCAUGCAAGAAUUCACACCCCACACCUCAAUGGAGUGCCACCAACCGCCACCCCUCCCUUUCUCCAGUUCUGUCCAACACAAACUAGAAAGCAGUGCAGGCAGAGGCAGAGAGGGAAAGAGUCUUGUUCAAAAGGCAGAAGACAGUCCCUGCUCUGCAAGGCCUGACACGCCUAUGGACCAUGUAAGAAAGAGCCUUGCAGCUGGGGGUGAGCCUCACAACCCCAUAGAUAACAGACUCAUCAGCCAUGGCGGCAUCCUGGAGAACCAAAGCAAGGGUGCCCCUUUCCAUGUGAUGGACUCAGCAGAGAGUCCUUGGGAAGUAGGAAGCUGCCAAGCAGGAGGAGAAAACACCCUGGACGACACGGACAGGAGAAAGGACAUGUCCCAUGAAGAUCCACCCCAAUUGAUGGGCCACACAGUGAGUUUGGAGGAGAACCUCCCCAAGGAACCUUUUGCUAUAGCAAAGGCCAGCGCUCCUGGGCAGGUGCUGAUUGCCACAGAUCCUGGGCACGAAUGCCAAGGUGCUUUGCAACAAGAUGGGGAAGGAGGACCACCCGUGGCAAAGCCACUCUUGUCCUCUGAGAAGGGCAGCAGGACAUUAGAGCAAACCAAGUCCUCCUCACAGAGACCUGCCCCGGAGGUCCCCUAUGCGACACUCUCCAUUUCCGAGGAGAGUGGAAGCACAGCCCGAGCCACACUGAAGCCUGAAGCUAGAGAGGGAAGGGAAUUCGGGCCAGCUACCAAGUUUCCGGCCAGCCCACUGCCCACGAGCCAAGUGGCAGCUCCAAAAGCAGUGCUGCCCUUUCAAGGCAACAGCAGUGGGACAACUGUGGCCAAGCUGUCCCCAAGCACUCAGGCACUCCGUGAGCUGCCCUCCCGCCAGCAGCUAAGCCGCUCCAUCCUUGCCUCCCUGAGUGUGGAGCAGACAGUGGAGGACCUGCGGCUCAGCCUGGCACAAGGCCUAGAGAUGGGCUACGGGGAGCUGCGGGCAGAGUACCCCGUGUGCCGGCAGUGCGGGAGCUGCAGCGCCAUGUGCUCUCACCCGCGCACUCAGCAGGACCCCCUCCUGCACAUCUUCCCACGGCUGACGGUGCGCAACGGGAAUGUGCUGAUGGGCCUGGACUUCCACCUGAAGAUCAACAAGAUCCACGCCAGGAAGUGGGGCCUGCCGGAGACGGCAGAGGAGGGAAAGGCGCAGGAGCAGCCCCCAGAGCGAUGUGGUGGCGGCGGCAGCAUCAAAGAGGGCAUCUCCGCCAACCCAGGCCCCAGGAUCCCUUGCAAGCCUUCUGGAGUGAUGGUGCAGCAUCUGCAAAUGGGGACCCAAAUCGAGGCCACCUCCUCCUCGGUCCAGGUUAGCCUUGGCAAGAAGCUGGCGGGCAAGGGCAAGUGCCUCCCACCACCCGGCUUGGAGCACCAACUCCAGCAGGGGCCUCCGCAAGCAGGACACCAUCCGGGCAGGGGCCCAAAGGAUGUACCCACAGCAGAGAAGCCCUCGAGGAACCCUGUGAAAAGGAUGCUGCAUGUCAUCAAGCAGGCCUGGACCCGCAUUCGAGGAAACAAGGAGAAAUUGGUCCAGCCUCCCGAAAAGCGGGCUGCAGCUGGCACUCGUAGAAGACUGGGGACUCCGCCAGUCAAGGAUUCCUCCCAGAAGCGCUCUACACGGGCCACUUCAGCAAACCCCAAAGCGUUGGGGUUUCUGGCUACCCAAGCAGCAACCACAGCAGCCGCCCCUCUGGGGCAGGCUCCCCCUAUCUGCCGCGUGAGGCCUAGCAGCUCAGGAAACGUCAAGUGUUCUCCUCCUGUGCUGCCCCCAAGACCUUCCAGGCAACCUUCCUCCCAGUUGGGAGCUGCCCCUAGGAAGAGGGCAACCUCCAGGAAGCCCGCAGCCUAUCCCACCGCACCAGCCUUUGGGGCCCCCCAGAAACCAGGGCUCGUUGUCAACCAAAAACCCUCUUUUGUACCCCCCGUGAAUGUGGGGAUGGCCCCGACAAAGCAGGUCGUCCCUCCGGCAUCCUUCAAGAGCACCGGGGAGACAGGAAAAGCCCGCCCCAAGAAGGAGUCUCCUGGGACCACCAGGAAAGCAGGGUGUCCCCUUCCCAAAAGGGCACCCACUAAGAAAGUGUGGUUCCUCGCCAGUAAAUGA